AUGGUCCCAACCAGCGACGUUCCUCGUACAUGGCCUCCCCCAAGACGGGGGCAGAGGUCGCGGCCUACCCAGUCAUCACAAGCAAUACCAGUGCCACUUCGGGCUUCUUCCACCUCGAGCUCUCAAUCUGGAGCAGCUCCGCAUGAACGGACUCCGAAGGGCAAAGGCAGGGAAUCGAGCUUCUUCGUGGAGUUGCCCGGAGGAAGUAUCUCUUCGAGAUCUCCAUUUUCGGGGACACUGAGGCAGGAAUCUAGCGGGUCUGAGCAAGAACACGAGCAGCGCGCAUGGCGUGAUGGACGCGAAGGAGACGAGGGAGAGGCGACAGAUGUGGAGUUGCAAAGAAUUGCUGCGUUGGAGGUCGUCGAACAGGCGGACUCAAAAGCGCAAGAUGGACCCACAUCCGAUGCAGAGCCACCUGCGCGAGUGACGAGGCCCAAACCGCCUCCUGCUCGAUCCUCGAGGAGGGCAAAGCUUGCCGAAAGUGCUGAACAGGGAGCAAGAGCUCAAACGGAAUCUCCGCCCGCGGCCGUCGAAACUUCACGAGGUCGGGGUACAUCGCCCUUGCAAUCCACUCGAUCUUUUCCACGACCCCCUCCGGGUCGUCCUGUCAGAAGCAAUGCGACGCGCGGCAGAGUCUCUGCAGCGGCAGGACCGAGCUCUGGCACGGGCUCGGAAGCAUAUCCUGAGUUUAUGGAUGUGGAUCAAUCUGGCGCUUGGGGUGCUGCUCCUGCGCACGGUCCGGGGCUCGCUGGAACGGUAGCUUCACCUUCUGCUCAAUCACGGAGUACCGCUCAGGGGAGUCAAGGCAAGAUGAGCCUCAGUCAGCGACAGGUCGAGACAUGGAGCGUAACCAGCUCGGAGGCGAUGGAGAUCGACAAUGAGCUUCGAGGCAUGCCAGAGUCUUUGUCUCAUGCUCCACGUGGGACCCCGAGAUCCGCUCGUACAGCCCUCAAGACGCCAGUAAAGUCACGAACCCCUGUGAAGAGGGCGAAUUGGCCAGAAGAGAAGAGGCUCGCUUGUGUCAGAUUGAUUGGGGCUCCGGACUCUGGUAGCCUUGCCGUAUCCUCUUUCGGCUGCGUAGCAAUCACCACUGCCAAAGUCAUCCACAUCAUCGUAAGUGCUUUGUCGUGUUCGUGCUCCACAUGUCACUUGCAGUGUGUCACGAGCUCACGCUCCCGCGGCAUUUCUGCGGUCGCCACUAGACGCCGUCUGUGGCUUUUGCAACUGCCCAAAAGCCCAACUUGACCAUGUUCACCCCGGGUACAAUGGAAGACCUCUCGGGCGAGCUGUCCAGCGCCUUCUAUAGCAGUAUAGAAGUAAGCGGCGUCGUAACGAUGAUGCAGGAGAGGUCGCAAUCCGCCGAUAGCAUGGACGCAAGGAAUGCUUUCACGCAUGGUGAGCAGCAAUGCGGUGCGAAGGCGCUGGAUAUGUGUGCACAGAUUUGCUGAUGCUAGCUAGUGCCGUGCCGAAAACGAGACCAGACUACAUGCUAGGUCAUCCCGGAUCUGGACUGCCGGUCUGGAGAAAAGUCGCUUGGUGCCCGGCACUGCUGGGCGAUCAAGGAGGGUGCGUGAUUGUUCACAUCCGAAUUUGUGCCUGAUGUACGCUCAUCCUCUUCAAGAAAUGGUCAACAGCCCAGUCUUGGCCAUCCAGACGGCUGCUAUGGACCUGUACCUCUUCGAACCUAGACCAGGCAGUUUUCCGGGCUCCAUGGUGUAUGUGCGUAGCGAGACGCGCCGCCAUCUAGCACGUACGUAAGCUGAACUCCUUCGCAAGUGCUGCCGUCACACAGAAGGAACGACUCCAGGCUCCCGAGACGAAGGUCAAAUUCGAGAGAAGAAGAAGACAAGCAAUGUUGAAUGAACAGAUCAGCGGUGAGUGAACGCCAAUCUUACCCUUGCAAGGACGGGGGCAGACAUUGAUGAACUCGCUUUCUGGCCUUGCCAGACAUGGCGUGGCUUGACAUUUCAUUCGGCGAAACGGCGACCAGGACUUGUCGAUCUGCCUAUCUGGUCGGUAGCUCUAGAAGCGGGAAGCUACACGUAUGGAGGUGAGGUUGGCGGUAAGCCGGUUCACGAUGUCCUAUCAGCCUGAUGCGCUCUGCGUUGCGGUUCGCGCUGCUCAGGUGUAACCAGAGCGGCCCUGCCGCCUUCCUGCUACAAGCCAGUGUUGCCGACUUUCCAAUAGAUUAUGUGAUCGCGUCGAAGUGCAAGAUGAGCAGCGAUGGGACUCAAUCAGGUCAGUAGGAUCUCAGGGUCUGCGGAAGCUGCCAUCGCCAUUGACACGUCGAUCUACGCACAACACCAGCUAUCGUCGCUGUACUCUAUUGCGGCAUCCUUGACUUUGUUGUUUUCGCGGUGGAUACUACAGGAACGGUGUCGCUGGAGCGUAUUGCAGAUGCUGCACGCGCUCUCAAUGUCGGCAUCUCGCAACCUACUUGGCUUGAUGAUGUUUAUCUAUACUUUGCCACACCCGGAGCGAUCAUGCGCUGCCUACCAGAAGCUAGCUCAGAGGUAGAGAUUGCGUUGUUGGGAGAGGUUGAAGAUGAUCAACCUGGAGAAGCCAUGUCACCUUGUGUUCGUGAGUGACUCUCGUCCUGUCGUUACAACGAGAUGGAGAAGGAUGUCAUGGAAGAGACGACACGACUCGGGUGUGGGAGUGUUUACGGUCGUAGCCAAACUGACGUUCUGACCACAUCUCGCCCACAGAACUAGAGUUGCAGGACAGCGGAAUGAUCCACAUCACACUGAAGGAUGGCAACCAUUACAUUCUUUGCUCUUCGGACUUCAAAGCAUCAGACGAGGAUGCUUCGGUCGUGCUUCCCGCAUGCUCGCUGGUCAGCCCCUUUAGCUCUGCCGCGCAAGAGACAGCCAUCGAUCUCCAAAGAAGGUACGAGUUUCAUCAGGGUCUGGUAGGGUACGCUUCGCAAGCUGGUGCUGGUGGCGGUGCACGCCUGAGAUUUGCUCUACAUCGGUGGGUCUCGAGCCACGCCCAGGGCUAUCACACUCGCGCUGCUGACUGCGCUUACAUUGCUUGGUCGGCUGGGCGCCACUCGGGUAUUCUGCAGAGCGAAUGAGCUAGGCUUCUUUCGACAUUCGAUGGAGGGCGCUGUUAACUUUACCUUGGUGCUAUCCGGCGAAGCUCUCUCUACAAAGCUGUCCCCUGAGGAAUCGGCUCAGGCCGCCCUCGCUUCUGCGUUCGCAUUCUGCGAUGGUGAGCGGUCCGCUACGUUCCACGUUUCUGCCUGAUGAAUCUGACGCUUCUAGUGCUGCUCAGAGUCGGAACAGUUGCAUAGCAUCAUCCGCCUCUCACCCUUCUGCGCCUUGCUGGGGAGUAGCCCACGUCGAUCUGCACUCAUAAGCGCGGGUGUCGAUGUUGCGCUCUCGGCUGCUCAAAAUCUACUACGAGAAGAUGACUCCCAAGCAGCGGAGGAUGAGAAGCGUGUAGUAGCACUUCGCGCCGUCAAUCUACUGUUCCUCAAGAUGAAGGUGAGCCUUGAUGUUGUCUCCUACAUAGAUCCCCCUCCGCGACGAUUUGACUCUUGGAUUCUGCUCUGCAGAAUGAGAAACCUCUACCUGCCGACCUUCAGCUCGCAGUGGACCACGCCACACAGCGCAUCAACUUGACUUUGCAAUCUUCUCACGUGCUAGCCCAGCUCGAAGCUGCCCAUUCACACAUACAGGGGCAUGACGCUCAAAAUCUGGGUGAUAGCACCUCGGAAGAUCUCAUGUUUUGUCAAAGGCUCGUUGCGGCUGUAUAUCUUGCAGAGAGGGAUGAGCAAGGAUCGGCAGUGUUCAAGAGGAUGGAAAACCUGGCUUGGAAGCUUCUCCGAUCCAUGUAUCCUGUCGAAAAGGUGGCGGAAACGGCUCGAGAUGCACUUCGCGCUGAUGCGCGAGAGGUGAGUUCAGAGACGAGCGCUAGCAUGCCUGUGUGCCCGACCGAGGAUGUCGGGGAGAUUGACGCCUCCCAUUUCGUUCCGGCGGCACGUUCCCGCGCCUAGCAUCUGAGCGUGCAGUGCGGCGAGAGUUGCCCAGCGUGCGAUGCUGACGUUCCGCUGGUGGCGAUUGGAGGGGAUGGGGUGACACGCUGCAGGACAGGUCACAUCUGGUGUGAGUUGUCCCUUGAGAUCCGAGCAUCGAAGUAUCGAAAUUUUUAUCGAAGACGCGUUGCCCACCUGCUCUGCCUCUCUUCGCUUCUAUGACAGCUCGAUGCUCCAUCACGUGGAAGCUCUUGGGCGAAGCCCGCAGCAAGACUUGUGUCGGCUGCAACCGCAAGGCGUACCCCAUCUCGCUGGACGAGGGAGGCUCGGAGCUGCUGAAUCAGGCCCUCCGCAUAUUUAAGCACUGCAUUACCUGCGGCGCCCCAUGGACCAUUUCAUGA